AGAGAGAGAGAGAGAGAGAGAGAAGAAUCAUGAGUGGAGAGCAAAAGGUGGUGUGUGUAACAGGAGCUUCCGGUUACAUAGCUUCAUGGGUAGUGAAGCUCUUACUGGAACGUGGAUACACUGUCAAAGCUUCUGUUCGAGAACCAAACAUGAAGACUUAUGCUCGAUACAUAUGACUACAGGCUAUAGUUGCAAUGUUCUUAAUAGUUUAAAGGACAUAGGUGACAUUUACAAAGCUCAGGGGCAAAUUGAAAAUCAGUGCAAAGUUUAGGGGACAUAGGUGCAACCCCCUCCUCCAAAAGAAAGGUCUCCUUUUGAAGUUUUCUUAAUGGUGUUAGAAAUUCAUCCCAAUUUGAUGGAACUGAGGCUAGAUCUGAGAGAGUUUGUAGGUUUUGGCAGCUGGUUAAAGGAUGAUCCAAAGAAGACAGAACACUUGCUUUCGCUCGAUGGAGCUAAGGAAAGACUGCAUUUGUUUAAAGCUAAUUUAUUGGAUGAAGGAGCUUUUGAUGCUUUAGUUGAUGGCUGUGAAGGUGUUUUCCAUACAGCAUCCCCUAUACUCCUUUCAGUCAAUGAUCCACAGGCAGAACUAAUUGACCCUGCAGUGAAGGGAACACUAAACGUUCUCAAAUCAUGUCUGAAAGUCGCUUCUAUAAAGAGAGUGGUUGUAACAUCUUCCUUUGCUUCAGUUGCCGCCAAUGGAAAACCUCUUACUCCUGAUGUGGUAGUUGAUGAGACAUGGUUUUCAGAUGUUGCAUACUGUGAGCAGCAGAAGCUUUGGUAUAUAGUUUCAAAAACUUUAGCUGAAGAGGCUGCCUGGAAAUUUGCAAACGAAAAUAGGAUUGACUUAGUCACACUACAUCCAGGGCUUGUGAUUGGUCCUCUCUUGCAGCCAACUAUGAACCUCUCUGUAGAGCCCAUUCUGAAGCUUAUAACUGGUGAAGGACGUCAAACAUUCCCCAAUACAGUUUAUGGAUUUGUUGAUGUUAGAGAUGUUGCUUAUUCACAUGUUCAAGCAUUUGAAGUUCCUUCUGCCAAUGGAAGAUAUUGUUUAGUUGAACGUGUUGCACAUCUUAUUGAGGCUUUGAAGAUUUUAAAAGAACUCUACCCUUCCUUGAAUCUUCCCGAAAAAUGUGAAGAUGAUAAACCCCUAUCGCCAAUCUACCAAGUAUCCAAAGAGAAAGCAAAAAGUUUGGGUGUGAAUUUCAUUCCUUUGGAAGUGAGUCUUAAGGACACUGUUGAAAGCUUAAAGGAGAAGGGUUUUGUUAAUGUUUAGAUUGAUGUCAUUGAACAAGAUAUGUUGGAAAACAAUAAAAAUCAGAACAUUCUUUUUUCUUUUGGUUUGCUGCACUCAAUGAAUACAAAAAUUAUUGUAAAUCAACUUAUUAAAAUAUUAUUGCGCAUAUUCACUAGCCUCUUCAGUGGAACCUUUUGAUGA